CAACACAAAGCAACAUGACAACUACUGCUGCAUCAACUACUGCAACACAAAGCAACAUGACAACUACUGCUGUGUCACCUACUGCAACACAAAGCAACAUGACAAUUACUGCUGCAUCAACUUCAGCAACAAAUAGCAACAUGACAACUACUGCUGCGUCUACUACUGCAACACAAAGCAACAUGACAAUUACUGCUGCAUCAACUUCAGCAGCAAAUAACAACAUGACAACUACUGCUGCAUCAACUUCAGCAACAAAUAGCAACAUGACAACUACUGCUGCAUCAACUACUGCAACACAAAGCAACAUGACAACUACUGCUGCAUCAACUUCAGCAACACAAAGCAACAUGACAAUUACUGCUGCAUCAACUUCAGCAACACAAAGCAACAUGACAAUUACUGCUGCAUCAACUUUAGCAACAAAUAGCAACAUGACAACUACUGCUGCAUCAACUUUAGCAACAAAUAGCAACAUGACAACUACUGCUGCAUUAACUACUGCAACACCAAGCAACAUGACAAUUGCUGCAUCAACUUCAGCAACAAAUAGCAACAUGACAACUGCUGCUGCAUCAACUACUACAUCACAAAGUAACAUUACAGCUACUACUGCAACAACUACAGACCUAAAAAGCAACACUCCAACCACAGUUACAACUACAGAGUCACAAAGCAACAGUCCAACAACUCCAACAACUACAGCACUAACAAGCAACGAUCCACCAACUCCAACAGCUACAGCACAAACAAGCAACGAUCCGCCAACUCCAACAACUACAGCACUAACAAGCAACGAUCCGCCAACUCCAACAGCUACAGCACUAACAAGCAACGAUCCAACAACUCCAACAACUACAGCACUAACAAGCAACGAUCCGCCAACUCCAACAACUACAGGUCUAAGAAGCAACGAUCCGCCAACUCCAACAACUACAGCACUAACAAGCAACGAUCCGCCAACUCCAACAGCUACAGGUCUAAGAAGCAACGGUUUGACAACUCCAUCAACUACAGCACUAAGAAGCAACACUCCAAUCACAGUUACAACAAUUACAGCAUCACGAAGCAACAGUCCAGCCACAACUACACCAAGUCCCAUUUUGCCAUCUUUGAUCACCAGCAUGUCAACUUUAUUGCCAUACAUGACUGUGUCAUCGCAGUCAUCGAAUCCUCAAGCCCCGCCUUCAGGAGGUUCAAGGAGGAAGCGUUCCGUCCCCCAGAACAGCGACAGUUUGACGAUAAGCAGCAAUGACACAGCUUUGGUUUUUCAAGGAAUGGAAGUGUCCUGCUCUAUAAAAACUGAAAUAAAUCAGACCAAGUGCACCAUCAUGCUUGCGCUGAGUCACAAAAUACCAUCAUGCGGUAUCCUCCAAACACUCUGUGCAGCCAGCAAAAGUUCCUCUGACAUCCAUGUGGUGGGAAACAGGAUAGAUGAACAGAAUUGGCUUCAAAACAAGUGCGAUGGUAACUUAGAGGAGCCAAACAGCUGCAUUUAUUCUGGUCCGCUGGGUGCGUCAUGUGUGGAGUCUGGGCCUGCAUAUGUCAUUCCACCAAUAAACCUAACAGACUGUGUGACAGAGAACAGUUGUAACUGCUCUUCCUACUGCAUCAGAUCUGAUGCGUACUACACGUUUUCCAUUUCACUACAAGAUCCAACAAUGAACUCUUCAUCUCUUUCAUCUCUGAUUUCAAUCCUGGCACAACCACCUGACUGCUCCAUCACUACAAAUGUUACAUGUCAAUUAUUGGCCACGAUUGCAUCUGAGUACAGGAGUGCCAGUGUGGACUGUGAAAUGACUGAAACAAAUCUGAGUUGCAGAGUGAUAUUAGGUUUUGCACGGGAAGUCUCCAUUUGUUCAGUGGCAGAAGCUGUUUUAAAUGUUUUUCUACUUGAAGAAAAGAUCCAGUAUGACGGGCAAGUGAGACGAGCAGCAAUUUGUGGAAGCGCAGAAAUUAAUGCCAACUCACUCAACUUCCAGUUCAGUUAUAAUGAUAGUGAGAAAAGCCCACAUGACUUUUGUCUCGAAAUAAAGGGAUCUAACCUCACAUGCCAAACUGGAGAAAAUAUUGUUGUACAUUUGAAAGAACAAUGUGUUGUACCUACCACAACUAGCCCAAAUGUGACAAUUAGUCCCAACAUGACUAGCCUAAAUACAACAGCUAGCCCAAAUGAGACUAGCCUAAAUACAACAGCUAGCCCAAAUGUGACACUUAGCCUAAAUGCCACAAUUCCUAUAAACUCUACAUUUGACCCAAAUGUGACAGUCAUUACGAACGUGACAACAGUGAGUUCAACAUUACAACCAAACAACACAUUGACUCCAACAACAACCCCAAAAACACAACAGAACACAACAUGGGCCCCAUCAGUGUCCACAACUGCUGCUGGAGGAAAACCGUCAUCAAACACAACUAGAAGCACAACAAGUGGAUUUGUUUCUGUGACCACCUUAGUGAGUUCAACAGGAAAUGGAACAGCUGAAAGCCAAGCCAAAGACCUUCUUGCACUGGCUCAAGACGUGUCAAAACUGACCGCAGCGCAGAUAGAUCAGCUGGUGUCACAGCUAGAGAAGCUUCUGUCAGGCCCGACUGUCAGCAAGGAACUGGGAGACAUCUCCGUCAACAUUGUCAGCAAUCUGUUGGAUGCUUCACCUGACAAGCUGUCGAGCUCCUCUGACAGGAUUAUUGGGAUUGUUGACACUGUGGGGUUAAAGCUGGUGAUUGGAGCCACCGCUGAGAACCUGAUGUACCCUUCUUUGGCUGUCUCUGUGAAACCAGUAGAUGGCGCCAACUUUCAGGAGACAGUUUUUUCCAUCUUAGAUCCAAAUAAUGUUCAGGUUCGGGGGAAUCCAAGGUUGAAAAGGAGCGCAUUAAAGGACUCCUCCAUCCCUCAGGGCUCCAUUACUCUUCCUCCCUCCCUCACUCAAAAUCUAACCGCUGAGGAACAAAAGCUGGUCUCCAGGCUUCAGUUCAAUUUCUACCAGAAGAGCUCAGUCUUUAAGGAUGUCUCAUUAGAACAACGGAAACUUAACAGUGGGAUCUUGGGAGCAAGCGUGGCCAAUCUGUCAAUCGAAGGAUUAAAGGAAAGUGUUGUAAUUCGCCUGAGAAACACAGAACCUGUUCCAGCUAAUUUUGUGGCAGUGUGUGUUUUCUGGGACUUUACAUUUAACAAAGGUUUAGGUGGCUGGAACUCAGAUGGCUGCUUUGUCAAAGAAACCAACGACAAUGAGACAGUUUGUGGCUGCAACCAUUUAACCAGCUUUGCUAUUUUACUGGACAUCUCCAGAGAGACUGUUACCAGUCGUGUUCAGGCCACCAUCCUCACCUUCAUCACAUAUAUAGGUUGUGGACUUUCUGCCAUCUUCCUGUCCGUAACUCUCCUCACUUACUUGGCAUUUGGAAAGCUGCGUAAAGACAUCCCAUCCAAAAUUCUGAUCCAGCUUUGCCUGGCUCUUCUGCUGCUCAACCUGGUGUUCCUGGUGGACGCCUGGCUGGCGCUUUAUCCCACAGCCGUGGGCCUCUGCAUUUCCACGGCCUGGUUCCUUCACUACUUCCUACUGGUUUCCUUCACCUGGAUGGGGCUCGAGGGCGUCCACAUGUACUACGCACUUGUGAAAGUCUUCAAUGACAACAUAUCCCACUACAUGCUGAAGUUCUCGCUGGUGGGCUGGGGAGUCCCAAUGAUAGUGGUCAUCAUUGUGAUCGCGAUUGACAAAAACAACUACGGCCUCAUGUCCUAUGGAAAGUUUUCAGAUGGCACGAGUGAUGACUUCUGCUGGAUAAGAAACGACAUCGCCUUCUAUGUGGCAGUCGUGGCCUAUUUCGGUGUGAUUUUCAUCUUCAACAUGAUCAUGUUUGUUGUGGUCUUAGUCCAGUUGCACCGGAUAAAAAAACAGAAUCCUCAUAACAACAAGCACCGCAGCGCAGUGCAGGACGCACGCAGCAUGAUCGGGAUUACCCUCCUCCUAGGUCUCACGUGGGGAUUUGCCUUUUUUGCGUGGGGUCCUGUUAAUCUGGCAUUUAUGUACCUCUUUGCCAUCUUUAAUUCUCUGCAAGGAUUCUUCAUAUUUGUGUUCCACUGUGCGGUGAAAGAAACCGUCAGAAGGCAGUGGAGGACCUACCUAUGCUGCGGCAACAUGAGACUCCCAGAAAACUCAGAUUGGAGUCGCACUACAACACAGAAAACCACAAAGAAGUCUCCACUGACCUCCUUUACAUCCUCACAAAGCAGUCGGCCAUCCAGAUCUACUUUUCUGCCCAGUACGCCAUCAGGGCAGAUGAACGGCAUUGGAAAUCCACUUGAAGACAGAAUAAUUACAGCUGACGAGGAACCGAGGACAGAUGUGGUUUUCAACGAGAUCAACAGACAGCUCCGGAGUCGACGGGGGUCCUGACCUACAUAGAGCAGCCUGUUAACUGCCUGUAUAGAAUGUAAUUUACCAGAAAAUAUUUAUGUAUUGUUCAUCUCCGUCACAUGUAUUAUUAGUUGACUGAUUUCUAAGAAAUUCUAAGUCUAAAGUUGAAUUUUUUUUUUAACUCUAAAGCUAUUGUGCUUAUUUUUACAUAAUCUUUAUUUAAUAUACAAACCUAUUUAUUUACUUUCAGAUAACAUUUUAAUGUGUAUCUUAGAUUUAAUGAUCUUACACACCUUACAGCUGUUGCUUUCAAACAGCAAAUUAAAGUUCAUAUAACAGUACAUAGACUACA